CGCAAAACGCAAACGCGUCGAGAGCAGCUUCCACCGGGGCCACGAUGGCUGAGCAGGCCUAGCAGCCCGGCUGGCGGCCCAGCUGGCGGCGCGCAUGGAGGCCUCGGACGCACCCCGCCGCCUGCGAGGCGGUCGCGUGGCGCCGCCGGAGUCCUGGCUCGACAGGCUUAGGGAUGACCGCACGCUGCGGAAAGGCCAACUCAGUCGUUUGGAGCUGGUGCGGCCUGCACCUUCGCCGCUGAGGCAGAAGGAGCCGCUCUCACCUGUUCGGGAGUCCCCGGAAAGCGAAGAGCCGCCAGUGGUAUCUCCGCCCUGGUCGAAAGCGGAAGAGCCGGCGCAGACCUCCUGGUCAGUGCCGGGGGAGCCCCGGAGCUGGCUGGCGCCUGAGGUUGGCCCGGCGACUCCGGCGCCCUCGGACUCGGAGACGGAGCCAGACGAACGGCCCAAGCACGCGGACUGGUCGGACGCAAGUGCCUGGGGUGGGCGGAGCUGCGAGACAUCGACAGCGCCCGGCAUUCAAGGUGUGGCCGAGGCGGCACAGACGCAGGGCUGGGUCCGGCCGGAGCCGGAGCCGGACCCCCCCUGCGGUCCUCGGGUGCGCGUCGUCAAGGACUUCACCUCCGGCGGCGUGGCGGACUACCUCGAGCUCAGGAUUGGGGAAGUUGUGGUUCUCACGCAUCCCGAGCACGUGGUGGAGAACCAAGCCGGCACGCUGAGCCUCUUCUGCGGGCUGCUGGAGGGGCGCAGGGGCUGGUUCCCCACCAGCUGCGUGGAGAAGCUCCCGGAAGCGGACGAGGAGAUUGCCGAGCCGCCGGAAGGCAAAGCUCAAGCCGCCCACGAGAGAAGUGGGGCCAGGGAGGCGAACGGGUGGGAGACCUGGGCCAAGUUCACCGACCCGGGCACCAAGCGCCUCUGGUUCUUCAACGAGGCCACGGAGGAGUUCUUCUUUGCCAAUGACACCUCCACCGGCUGGGCGCAGUACUCCUCCAAGGGCAAGAUCUGGUGGUUCCACGAGGAGUCGAAUCGCUACUUCUUUGAGCCUUACUAGGCUGCUGGAGCCCACCCCGACGGAGCAGUUUCUGCCAGUUUCUCCCCUCGGGCGAGGAAUUUCUCCUCCCGGGUGUGAGAGGCAUUUGAGUGACCUGCCUUUGGCUUCUAACUCAGUGGUCUGAGUAGGUUUGUUCCGGCUCUCGACAAGUACUCGUAGCUAGCUGAUCCGAUCUCUGAAUCGA